CGCCUAGUUGUUCUUCCGAAAAAUCUGGGUAACCCACCCUCAUAUCAAACUUAGAAGGAAUCUAUUUUGGAGUGUUCUUUGCUUAUAUAUACAAAUACCCUUUUCGGUACUGUUUGCAUUAUUUACGAUAGAUUCAUAAUGUCUGAGAGUGUUCGAACAGCGUUUGGAACCAUGGAGUUUGGAAGGAAAGUAAACUUGGAAGACGCCAAGAGAAUGGUCGAAUUUUGUUUUCAGAAUGGAUGCUAUGAGUUUGACACUGCUUUUAUGUACGCAGAUGGUAAAACUGAAGAGAUUAUGGGAGAGAUAGACCUUCUAAAAGAUCCAAAGGUUGUCAUUGCCACAAAGGCCAACCCAUGGAGCAAAAAGGGUUUGAAAUUUGACAGAGUCCUAGAACAGAUGAACACCUCCUUGAAAAGGAUGAAGCUCGACAAGGUUGACAUCUUUUAUCUACAUGCACCAGAUCAUAAAACCCCUAUAGAGGAAUCCUUGAAAGCCGUAGAUCAGCUACACAAAGAAGGAAAAUUUAAAGAGUUUGGCUUGUCUAAUUAUGCAGCAUGGGAAGUGGCCGAAAUCUACUACUUGUGCAAAGCCAACAACUACAUUCUCCCCACACUCUACCAAGGGAUGUAUAAUGCUGUUACAAGGGAGGUUGAGAAGGAAUUAUUGCCCUGUUUGAGGAGAUUUAAUAUGCGAUUUUAUGCCUAUAAUCCUUUGGCUGGUGGAAUAUUAACAGGAAAAUUCAGCUUCUCUGACAUGGAAGAGAAAAAGCCAGAAGGCCGAUUCUUUGGAAAUGGGGCAUGGACGAAAAUUUACUUUGAUCGUUUUUGGAAAAAAGAAAUAUUUGAUACUUUGGAUAAGGUAAAAGCCAAGUUGAAGGAGCUCUAUGGCGAAGAUAAAGUCUCUCUUACGGAUGCCUCCCUGCGAUGGAUGUACCACCACUCAAAACUGAAUGGCAAACAUGCAGAUGUAGUUAUCCUUGGAGCUUCGAACAUGAAUCACAUGGAAAGGAACUUUGAUGCAACGAAGCAGGGCCCUUUACACGAAGAAAUUGUGAAGUUGUUUGAAGAAGGAUGGAUGCAAGUGAAGGCAACAUGUCCGAGCUAUAACCGAUAGUCAAGCACAGGUCAGACUCCUUAGGAAAAAGAUUUAUCAGAGGAACCAACACCAAGGCACCCAAGGUGCAAUUAGUGCACGCUUUUUUACAGCAAUAAUGAUAAAGGGAAAAUCUGAGGCUGAAAAUUUCGGAAGAAAUGUUGGAUAAUUUAAUUUCAUAUGUAUAUUGCGAUGAAUUGAGGGAAAACUUAUUAAGAAGGACGAUUUAUAUGAAAGAUUUAGAUUUAUUUCACAUUUCCUCUGAAGUCUCAAUCUUCACAAACCAGUGGUUUUGGGCUGUCUGUGGGUAACUUAGGUAAAUGUUUCCCUACUCAUAGGCGACAAUACAUUGUAAUAGAAUAGACAAAUAACAAUUUAUGAAAAUUUGUAAAAUUUUCACUAAAUAUAUAUUUGAGUCUUAUUGACAUUUGAUUUUUGCCAAACAACCUUGGCCAAUAAUUUUGUUUUUAACAGUCCCCAUAAUCUAAAAAAUGUGCCCCAGUCCUGACAUUUUUGUUUCUUUUUUAUGUGAGAUUUGAUGAAUACAUUUGCAGGCUAUAUAGUAUAGAAAGCUAUAGGAUGCAUUGUCAUCUUUUUUGAGAAAGCAAACUCAACCCUCAUGGUCCAAAUAUUUUCACAAAGAUUGUAUGAACAUUUUCCACCACUGACAACUUCGAUACUUCGAUUUUAGACAACUUUUUGUGCAUGCCAAUGUCUAACUGUAUGUGAACCUUCAGACAAAGCGGGUGAUCCUUCUUUUCUGGUUUUUGCAUUAAGCUUGCUUUAUCAGAGAGCACUUUUCAUGUACCCUCACUUUUUUAUCUUUUGCGCCCAGACGUUUUGCAAAGAUAUGCCAAAUGUAGUUAGCUAUUAUUUUGUAUUUACAAGCAACAGUUCGUUGAAAAUUUCAGAGGUUAUAGCAUUCGAAAUAUUGUACUCCUUAUCAGUUGUUAACGGUGUUUAAAAGAAGAUAAUUAAUCUUCCAA